CUGGUUCCCGUGAGGGUGGAUCUGGAGAGCGACAAAUACAAACUCCGGGAUACGUUUACGUGGAACCUAAACGAGCGAAACGUCCCCCCCGAGUUAUUUGCGGAGAAUAUGUGUCAGGAUUACGGUGUACCACCAUACCCAAUCUUCGCCCCGGGCAUCACCAAAGCAAUCGCCGAAGCCAAUGCAGACUACCACCCCCACGUCUUCUCCAACCACGCCCCCAAAGCCUCCGGGCAAUCCGCCUCAACCCUCCCAUACGCCGCCUACAAAGACGACGAUAUGCGCAUCACAAUCAAACUCGACGUCACAGUCGGCAUGCACAACCUCAUCGACCAACUCGAGUGGGACCUAAACGACCCUGACGCGAGCCCGGAACAGUUCGCGGGGAGGAUGUGUAGUGACAUGGCACUUAGUGCCGAAUUUGAGACGGCGAUUGCGCAUGCUAUUAGGGAGCAGUGUCAGAUAUAUAUCAAGAGUUUGUUUUUGGUUGGGCAUAGUUUUGAUGGGAGGGGGAUUGAGGAUGAGGACUUGAAGGGAGGGUUGUUGCCGACGCUUAGCACUGCUGUGAGGACGGUACCAGCCCCGGGGGGGCAUUGGGGACCGGUGUUGUACGAGUUGAGUGAUGGAGAGAUGGAUAGACAAGAAAAAGACCGCGAACGCGAGUCACGCCGGAAACGCCGUCAAACCCGUGGACGC